CGCCGAACACUUCAGAGACGAUGGGUACCAGAAAACGCCUCAUCAGAAUUGGAUUUUCCAAGGGAGAAGAACACAAACGCCGGGGUGGAGAGAUGUUUCUAAUAACAUCCGAAGAAGAUGGCUGUCCAGAUACGGGGUUGGAGAUAGACCAUAUCGUUACCGAGGGCCAUUUAAAAGCGAAUCCAGCGUCUCAAUAUCGAUUGAAAGCAAGGUAUUCAAGUUCCAGGUCUCAGAAACUCUUUUAAUUUCUGAAUCCAAGAAUGGUAUGUGUAGAUUUCUUUCUAUCUCUCGACCUAUUGCUCAUUGGCUAUCCGAAUCCCUAAGCCACCCACCUUUGGCUAGAGAGGGAUGGGUGAUUACAAAAUUUGAAGGGAUUGUAACAGCAAAGUACCACUGGGAUUCAAACCAAUUUGGAUGUUUCGUAAGAAUCAGCGCAGGAACCGAAAGGGAGAUGUCUACUAUUUGCAUCCCAGUAGGAAGGAAAUCAGAAGGAAUUAGGCUUUUUGUAAAAGCAUUGAAUGAAGCCUUAAAACCUCAAGAAGGGAUUGUUUAUGCUGAAAAGUUACUCGUUUCUCCCUGGAGAGCCGAAGCUUCAGCUUCUCUAGAGCUGACAGACCAGAUAAUUCGGGUGGAGAGCAUAGAGGAAGAACAUUUGGGGUUUUCUUCCAUAUCCUCAAAGCUACUGGAACAAGAUGUUACACAUGGUUCUAUAAUGCCUAGCCUCACAGAAAAUGGGUUAAAUGUUGGGUUAGAAGAGACUAAGGAAGCUGAAGAUGAAGAAAAAAAGAUCCAAAUGUUGUUUCAACCAGCUUUUGAUGCCUACUUUGAAACAAUCUUCAGGGCAGUGGAAAGACAGGUUCUUGAGGCUUUGGCGAGGACAACACUACUGGAUAAACUGAAAAAUGGGACUUCUUCAAAACAUGUCGGGUAAGACACUAAGAGCAACACGAGAGAUGGUGAAAAGCAUGGAAAAAGUGACCCUUGUUCAAUUUGAAGAUUCUAAAUACCCAGCGUACAUUUCUUGUUCGAAAGCUGAUGAAAGCCUUGUGGCGGAGUUUCUAACAGGGGAACAGGCUGAAGAGUCACAAGCUACAUUCCUUAACGCUUAAUCUUUUUUUUAAUGCUUCCAGGAAAUCAAAACAAGAAGUCCUUGGUAUUUGAUUUAGUUUCAUUUAGUGCUUGUUGUCUUAAGUAUCUCAAGGGAGGGCCAAUUGAAGCUGGAUUAAUCUUGGUCCAGUCCAAGGGCUUAGAGAAAUGCGUUUUCAAGGUUUAUUUGAAGAUUAGGACUUCUACUUUAGAGUUUGCCUAAGGGUUGUGGUUUGGAGACUGGUUUUAGGAUUGGAGCAGCAUGGUUCUUCAUCAGUACAAGUAGGGCCCAACUUAGACAGCUUGGUUUUCAAACUUUUCCUUGUUAGGCUGUAAUGGAUGGAAAAUGGACGGUGAACCUGAUUGUGAUCCUUGGGUAGAUGAACUACAGGAGACCCAGCAAUGGAUAAAGAUGGGUUACUGAU